UGUUUUUUUUCCAGUGAUCCGAUUGGUCAGUAGUUGGAGCGGUGCCUGGUUUUGAUCUCUUAUCUCGAACUUCACCUGCUCCGGAGCAGGUUAGCCGUUCAUCACGUGUUGCCAUGGUGAUUUGUCCCGGUUAAGAAGAGGACCAGCCUCGUAGGACGGAAAAAACCCGAGUUUUAACCCGAAGUUUACCUCAAUAACCGCAAAUCCUGCUUCGUAGUACAGGACCCUGCUGUCUCCGUGACCUUUCCGCUUCAAGAUGGAGCUUUCGUUUCAAUCCAUGAAAAUCGCUCAUCAAGCACGAGAGGCGGAAGAUGUGAGGGCGGAGAUGAGGAGGAAGAGCCUCCUCAUCCUCAUCUACCACCACCUGCAGGGGCAAGGCUACAUGGAAGCGGCAGUGGCCUUGGACCAGGAGACAAACGGCGGCGUGAGGAGGCACGAGGUCUGCGACAACAUCGAUCUGGAGAUGGUGCUGAUGGAGUACGAGAGUUAUCACUAUGUCAAGUUCCAGAAGUAUCCCAAACUAAUCAGGAAAACAGUGGAACAAGGUGAAAUCAGAUGUGCAAGAAGUGGCAGAGGAAAGAGAUGUUCAACUGUAUCGCGUCUUCCCAAAAUCACACCAUCCCAGAGCCAACAGUGUGGAAACGGAGACAAGAAGGACAAUGGCUCAUCUAUUCCUCCAGAGGGGUCAGAGUUUGGUCUCAGUGUUUCCUCCUGCAAAAAUGGACAAGUGGUGGAGUUAGCCAUGAGCAGGAAGGGACAGAUGCCCGACGGUAAAUUUUCAAUCCACGACGCCAUCAAAGGAGCUGCCGUUGACUCUGACUACAAAGAACGGCUGCUGAAGCCCCUCAGUGGCUUCUCUGGGAUGAGUGGCGAGAUGGCUGAACUGGCUGCAGUCAUCAGCAGGGACAUCUAUUUGCACAGCCCGAAUGUGCGGUGGGAGGACAUCAUCGGCCUGGAGGACGCCAAGCGAUUAGUCAAAGAGGCCGUCGUCUAUCCCAUUAAGUACCCUGAGCUGUUCAAAGGCCUCCUGUCUCCGUGGAAGAGCUUGCUGCUCUACGGCCCCCCAGGUACAGGUAAGACCCUGCUGGCCAAGGCCGUGGCCACGGAGUGCAAGAUGACCUUCUUCAACAUAUCGGCCUCCAGCAUCGUCAGCAAGUGGAGGGGAGACUCUGAGAAGCUGAUCAGGGUCCUGUUUCUGCUGGCCAGGUACCACGCACCAUCCACCAUCUUCCUGGAUGAGCUGGAGUCUGUGAUGGGCCAGAGAGGAGCCAGCAUGGGGGGAGAGCACGAGAGCAGCUGGAGGAUGAAGUCAGAGCUGCUGGUUCAGAUGGACGGACUAGUGAGAUCAGAAGAGCUGGUGUUUGUACUGGCUGCCUCCAACCUCCCUUGGGAGUUGGACACCGCCAUGCUGAGGAGGUUAGAGAAGAGGAUUCUAGUGAAUCUUCCCUCCGCGCCCGCUCGCCAGGCCAUGAUCUCUCAUUGGCUGCCUCCGCUCAACUCCACAAGAGGAGUGGAGCUACGGACUGAGUUGGACUACGAAACCCUGGCAAAGGACAUGGAGGGUUACUCUGGCUCUGACAUCAGGUUGGUAUGUAAGGAGGCUGCCAUGAGACCGGUCCGCAAGAUCUUUGAUGUUCUGGAGUCACAUCAUCAAGGCGACACUGUCAUGCCCGCCAUCCGGCUGGAAACCGUGACGACUGCUGACGUUUUAGAAGUCAUCGCACACACCAAACCCUCCGCCCGAAGCUUGACGGACAGAUACACCACCUGGGAGAGAGAGUACGAGUCUGUCUGACGACUCAACAACAAAACGCCACCGGCCUACAACGGUGAUAAUGGAUGACGGGAGUGUUUCUUGUGCAAAAUGGAAGCUUGAGUAAAAUUCUGCCGUCACUUGUGGCUUAGAGCAGGUUCUGCAGAAUGUGUUCAACGGCAUCUGGGAAACUGUUACAGGUCAGGUGGGGAGGAGGGUGGAUUUUAUUCUCAUCUCCUUCUCUGUAUUUACCUGAAAGAUGACGGGAGAGGGGCGGAAUGACAAAAAACAUUAAAAAAAACCAAUCACAAUAAUCUGUUAAGUAUAUAUAGAUAAUGACAUGAGAUCCAAUGAAAACUGACAUUAAUUGUUGGUUACAAUGAAGACGUGACAGUGGAAGAAGUUAAGAAUAAACAGGAGGAAAAGUUUAGAUUUUUUUCUCUUACCAGUUUUCACUAGAAUACCCAGCAUCCCUGUGUUCUGAGCCCCGCCCACAUCAUCUCUCACAUCCUGUAGGAAAACAGCAACAGGGCACAAACCAUUGAAGGCCAACAUAAAUGAAUAACAAAUAUAUUGUAAUAAACUGUACAGUUGCUACUA